GCACUCUGUGUGUGGAACUGUGACUGCAGAGUGACGAACGAUUCCUAUUCAAUUUUUUCUACAGAGGCUGCAGUAAAUCUCUAAAUGCAGAGAAAACCAAUAACUGUUUCGGAAUUUUGGAGUUAUAUUCGCUUAAAUUUCAUUUUAUCCUAUGAUAAUAUGAAUAUAUUUUAGAAAUUGAGGCACAGGAAAUACUAUUUUUUUGCAUGAUAAAUCGAGUGCGUAGCUUUAGGACCCCUUCUACAUCGGGUGGCGAAAUCAAGAGGUGUUCGGAAAACACGGCGGGAUUUUCGUAUUAGUGAGUUUUGCGAUAUUUUCUUCUUGGUUAAUGAUCUUUAGAAUGUUUGCCACAAAUUAGUGAAAGAUAUUUGUUGAAAUAUUAAAAUUGAGAUAGUUUUUAUUGUUUGAAAACAAAGUGCGUAGCUUUAGGUCCCCCCAUCAUAUAAGUAGCUGAGAAUGGCUGAAAUCAAAACAACUCUUUUGUUUACAAACAAACGUAACAAGCACACACGCGCCGUAUCCGAAUGUAGUGCAUUCAGCGCAGCCGGCAGACGUAUACAUACCGGUUCUUCUCUUUAAUUUCCUCGUUCCUGAGCUCUAAGACUUUGCAAUUCAUGCCCUCAUAAAGCUAACGUUAAGUACCGGUAGAUCUAACGAAUGCCAAGAUCGAGACGAAAGAGGAAAAUGCUGUAUUUCUCAUGAUCAGGAGUUAUUUGACACCACCUCUCUAAGCAUCCAAUCAACAUUUCUACCUCAGUACCACUCUUCUGCCAUUUUGAAUUUGUUUUACAAUUAUCAAAAGUUGCCCAUCGACACUCAUCGACCAUUUGGUAAAGAUCUUGAAUUUAUUCUGCCAAGAAAUACUCUGAGCCUUUGUUGAUAUUCUCAUCACUUGACAAUCUAUCGUCAUGGGUCAUAUUCAGGAGCCAAACAGCGAUUACCCUCUCUUGCCUUAUGAAGCUCCCGAAUGGACGUCCCGACUGGCAGUCAUCCCAAAGUAUCGAGUUCAGUUGGGAUGUCUUGGAACACCUAUUCAGCGAUGGCGUCUUCCGGGAAUCCCUGAGGAUUUUCAGGUCCACAUCAAACGCGAUGAUAUGACAGGCAGUGUGCUCUCAGGAAAUAAGGUGAGGAAGUUGGAGUUUUUAAUGGCUGACUGCGUUGACCAAGGCUGUGAUUCCAUCAUGACGUGUGGUGGCAUCUUCUCAAAUUCUUGCCGAGCCGGAGCCAUUGCUGCCCGUCAAAUGGGACUGGACAGCCAUCUUUUCCUUUGGUCAGAAAAGACGGAUCUGCCGUUCACAGGAAACGCUUUGCUGGAUCGUCUGGUGGGCUGUAAUUUCUACCUCAUGCCGUUAGACUGCCCUCUGGAGACGGAAGUAUACCCCCGCAUGAAACAGCUUCAGAACCAUAUCCAACAAACAAGCAAUAAGAAGGCUUACAGACUGCCGUUUGGUGGAUCCAAUGAGAUUGGAGUAUGGGGCUACAUCGAGUGCUUCCGUGAAUUGAUGGGCCAGGGUCUUCUUGACCGAUUUACAGAUGUUGUAAUAGCUGCAGGGAGCAGCGGUUCUGUGACUGGCCUUGCUAUUGGAAACUAUCUCACAGGAAGCAAGCUGAAGAUACACGGUUUUGCUGCGUGCAAGGACAAGAUGUUUUUCUACGAUCUCGGUGACACGACACUUAAAUCUCUCGGGCUGCAGGGCGAGGACGGCACUGGGGUCAAAGCCGUUGACAUCAUGCACAUCCGAGAUGAAGUUGUGGGCAUCGGGUAUGCCAUGAAUACUGCUGAAGAAUUAGAAUGCAUCGAGCAGGUUGCGAGUAACACGGGUAUCCUCGUGGACCCUGUGUACUCCGGGAAGGCCACCUACCAUCUCAUCAAGCUUAUGAAGGAGAAACCGGGAACGUUCAAGGGAAAGAAGAUUCUAUUCAUUCACACAGGCGGUGUCUUCGAUCUGUUCAGCGGUGCCGUCGGUUCCCGGCUCACAAAGAAAGGACACGAAGAAAACAAAGUCUACGACUGGAUGUCGCUCUCGGACAAAGUCCCUGAUAAAAUCUCGACUACAUGUUAGCUGCACUUAUUUAUUUCUCAUCUGUACAUAAAAGGAAUAUAUUUUUCAAGUGGAAGUAUCUUCAAAGAACAUUUAUCUAUUAUUGCUGAAAUGCUGUACGUUGUCAUGGAAUUUGACCAUUCCUAUAAAGUAUAAGCAGACUAUUAUUAUUUGAAUACAUGUUUGAUUUUACAUCACUAUCAUGUACUCUGUGAUUCAUUUCUACAGUGGGGAUGAUAUUGUAUUUAUGUUUCCCUUUAUUUAAUUUGGCAUUUUUUGCAAUUUUAAGUAAUGAGUUGUUAAUGAUUUUUACAUUUCGCCUCUUAUUCCCCUUUGACAAUGUGAUGUGCUAAUGUUAUUUAUUUUUAUUUUGUUUUAUGUUACUGGUAGAGAGAGAUGAGUCCAUGCCUUUAUUACCUGAUUAGGCCGUUUGGAUAUGUAUCGUAACAUAAAGCUUACCAAGUAAUCAUGGGGCUGACAAUCGAUCAUGAUUAAUAAUCAUUGUAAUUGAUUGUAGAAAUUCAGUGAUUAAUAUGCAAGUUUUAUUUGGGACCUUUUCAUCAACCUGAAUACUUGGUGAAGGUUGAAUGAAAAAAGUGCUUGGAAUUCGCACCUUCUUGUAAUUCAGAGGAGCACAUUGAAACAAGUCCAAUCCAAUUGUGUGCAUGUUCUCUGUGCAUUAAUGUUUGUUUGCUUAGAGAGCCUAUUGUCAGCGUUCUCAUGCUGUGUAGUGUCUGAUGCAGAAAGACUACUUGCUAACUACUAAAACCCAAGUAAAAAACGACAAGUCGCUAGCUGCCAAAAGGCUAGCCAAGUCAUUGCGCACUUUUGUCUGCCGAACAAGGUUUGAAAAUAAAUGCUGUGUGUGUUUACAAGUAGUGAUUGCCGGACCGAGCUGCUUCAGCACCUUACAUGGUUAGUCUAUGUACUUAGGGUGCAUUUUGGGAGAUAACAGUGUUGAGUUCCUUGGCUAAAGGCUGCCAAAGUGAAUUUUUUUUUUAAAUGAUCCCUUUUUCGAAUUGUAGCCAUUGUGUAUGAAUUUCCAAGUCCCAAAUUAGCCUUGGGGCAUUGUGGUCAAUUUUAAUUUCUAUCAUUGUUCUUGAUGACAAUUGUAUCUUAUCUUAUUCUAUGAGAAUCCAACUACAGGACUAUAACAGACCUAAGUGUAUACCAUGUCUAUGAUUCCCUUUUAACCAUAGGGAUAGUAGUGUCUCCUCUGUGUCACAUGCGACUUCUUCAGGAAAUAUUUGUAUUAUCCCACUCAAAGCCAGUCAAUAUUAUAUGAAUAUAUUCCUCUGUUGCAUUAUGGGAAUCUCCACCUAUUGGACAUUAAUUAUCUGUUGGCAUUAUGGAAAACAUUCUUUGCAAAUCCUAUCAUUUUUGGGUGAUCACUGUUUUCUGUCAUUAGCUUAGAUUCAUGGCCUGAUCAUUUAUUUUUUUUAAUCUGUGUUAAAAACAUUUGCAAUUAAACCUGUCAUUGCUGCUGCUUGUCUGGUGAAACUUUUCUUUAAAGGAGAAUGAAACCCUUGAAACCAGCUGAAUCCAUAUCAAAGAGAAAAAUCAAAGAAACAUAUUGUUGAAAGUUUGAGGAAGAUUGAAUGAAUAAUAAGAAAGUUAUGAGCAUUUGAAUAUUGAGAUCACUAAUGCCAUGUAGAUUUUCCCUUUGGCAAUGCGACCAAGAUCUGUGCUGUCACACACGUACAACUCCCUCAUUACUUUAGUACUUAUUUAACUUAUAUUCUCACUUUUAUAGAGUCUAUCACAAGGUGAGGUGUUCUCUUUAUAUGAGAGGACAAGUACAGAGGUUUCACAACAUUAUAUCAUUGAUGAAUCGUUCGCCAUAUGAUUAGAAUGAGCAACAAGAGAUGUUUUGGGGUAUAUUUUCAGUGUCCAAAAGGGGAGAGUUGUUCAUCUGUGACAUCAUAGAUCUUGGUCGCAUUGCCAAUGGGAGGAUCUCCAUAGCAUUAGUGAUCUCGACAUUCAAAUGCUCAUAACUCUUUUAUUGCUAGUCCUAUUUUACUCAAACUUUUGUUGAUCUUAUUCUUUGAUUUUUCUGCUUUCACAAAAGCUAACAAAAGCUAGCUCCAAGAGUUUUAUUCUCCUUUAAUGGUCACCGAGACUGUCCCCUGAUUGAAAGGAAUGUGUUAUAGAACCUGUCUACAGUGGUCACUUUUUCUCAGUUUUCCUUAGAUGGUCUUAAAAGACAAGUUAGACUGUAAUUUUCAGGCCAUCCAUCUUAUUUAUGAAUUUACUGUCACUCUUGUUGAAUAAUGUUUGCACUUUGCAGUAAUGUAUGUUGUUUGAUUGCAAGGUGAUUUUGAAUAUUUUAGGUAUCCAUGGUAUUCAAAUUGUUAUUUAUUUUGUAUGUCAAGUGCCAAAUAAUGCAAAAAAAUGAAAAUAAAAACUUUGGAUGUAAUAUUGGGAAGGGGAGAUGUAUUUGUGUGUGGAUGAGGGGGUGUGUGUGUUAGAGAGAGAGAGAGAGAGAGAGAAUGAAAAUGGUGGAAAGGGCAGUGUUAGGGGAAAGACAGAAAUAUGAAGAUGAAAAUUUUGCGACUAGGGAUGAAAUGAAUAUAUUUUGAUAAGCUGCUAUAUCUUAAUUCGUAUGUUGAGUUUGCCAUGACUAUACUGAUUUCACAAAUGUAAAAUACAAAACAAUGUCUGACUAUAGAAAAUGAAAAUUUGAAUAAAAA